UAGAGAAGCUGGAGAGAAUUGUUUACAAUCAAAUUAAAAGUGAAAAACAUGAUUUUAAUUGCUUAGUUGAUUUCAAAGACAUCGGUUUAAAUAAUUUUUAAAUGUUUAUGUAAAUUGAAAUUUUGUAUAGUUAUUUAUUUUAAUGAAAACGGAAUAUCGAUAUUUGAAACAAGCAAUAAGAUCGUGAGUGUAGAAAAAAACAAAGACAAAAACAAAGUUUUCUCGCUACUAUUAUAUAAAACGAAAGCAACUACGAAGAAAAUGAAUAUUUCAUGGCGUAUUUUGGCUGGUUUGACGGUGUUGUUUUUUUACUUGCUAACUGAUAACAACAAUAAGGUCGAAGCGUUCUCGCAUUAUCAUUUAGGUUUUCAUGGCUUUCUGGGCGAGCCUAGCAAAAUACCUUCACUGAAUGGCGCUGAGCCGGAAGACAUGUGGUUUAAACAACGUUUAGACCAUUUUUCAACGAAACUUUCGGGCACUUGGAAGCAACGUUAUUUUGUUAAUGAUAAAUAUUAUCGCAACGAUAGCAGAGCACCAAUAUUUCUUUUAAUCGGAGGUGAAGCCGAAGCUGCCAAACAUUGGAUGCAUUCCGGUGCCUGGAUUAAAUACGCCGAACAUUUCGGAGCAUUAUGCUUUCAAUUGGAACACCGUUUUUAUGGGCAAAGUCAUCCAACCGCAAAUCUUUCUAACGCCAACUUAAAGUAUUUAACAUCAAAGCAAGCUCUGGCUGAUUUGGCGAAUUUCGUUAAGGCCAUGAAGGAAGAAUAUAAUUUGGGACCUAAGCAAAAAUGGAUAGCUUUUGGUGGUUCUUAUCCUGGUAGCCUGGCAGCUUGGUUUCGUGAAAAGUAUCCCGAUCUGAUUUACGGUUCCAUUAGCUCUAGUGCCCCUUUAUUGGCUAAAGUUGAUUUUAAAGAAUACUUUGAAGUGGUAAAGAAGUCUUUGGCUGUUUAUAAACCCAAGUGUGUGGAAGCCAUAGGUAGAGGUUUCUUGCAAAUUGAAAUUCUGUUGAAACACAUGAUUGGACAACGCAAUUUGGACGAGAAAUUCAAGACUUGUUCACCUAUUAAGGAUUCCAUCAAUAAUGAUCUGGAUAUAGCCAAUUUGUUUGAGAAUAUUGCCAGCAACUUUGCCGGUGUCGUACAGUAUAAUAAAGACAAUACUAAUCAUUCCAAAGUUAAUAUAGAUGACGUCUGUGAUAUUAUGGUGAAUACAAGCAUUGGUCCACCUGUAAACCGUUUAGCGGCUGUUAAUGCAUUAUUAAUGAAACAAUCUGAAGAAAAUUGUUUAGAUUACAAAUACGACAAAAUGAUUGAAACGAUGCAAGAGAUUUCUUGGGAUUCUGUUUCGGCUAAGGGCAUGCGUCAGUGGACUUGGCAGACUUGCAAUGAGUUCGGUUUCUAUCAAACUGCUGAAAAUAAGACUGAUACAUUUGGUGAUCGUUUUAAAGUAGAUUUCUUCAUCAAACAAUGCAUGGAUAUCUAUGGAGAUAGCAUGAAUUAUGAAUAUUUAAAUCGAGUUGUUGGAAGAACGAACAAAUUUUAUGGCGGCUUAAAGCCUUCUACUACGAAUGUGUUAUACGUGCAUGGUUCUACAGAUCCUUGGCAUUCUUUAGGUUUGAUCAAUACUCAAAAUCGUAAAACUCCUACAAUUUACAUAGAAGGUACUGCUCAUUGCGCUGAUAUGUACGAACCGGUUACAACUGAUCCACAGCAGCUCAUAGCAGCUCGUCACCAAAUUUUACGUUAUUUGGCUACGUUGUUAACUGAUUACAAAGCGACUUAAUUUAAUGUAAACCAAAUGUAAAUAAAGCUUACGUCCUUCUGUC